CUCAGCUGCCCGGUGAUAUUGACAAUAGGAGAGAGAAAGGGGCAUUGACGGGGACCCACCGCGGGCACCGAACGGCGGCUCUGGCAGCGGCGGCUCCAGCCCCAGCGGCUCCUUCUUCUUCCUUCUCCUCCUGCUGCCGCUGCAGAUCCAGUCUUCCUCCCUCCCUUCCCCCCUCCCCUCGUCGUUGCUGCAGCCGCCGGGUCCGGGGCAACGAGCAGAGGCGCCGCCCGCCGGGAAUGUGAGCGAGGAGCCACCGGCGGAGCCGCAGCGGGGUCGGUGCCGAUUUGAUGGGACGGGCCCGCGGGGGAGGAACGUGAGGCCGCCGCCGCCGCCGGAGCUCUGAGGUUCAGGUCCGGCCGUGAGGCCUAGAGGCGCCGCUGCCGCGGAACCGGAGGGACGCCGCGCCGGACAGCCGUCGCCCCGGGCUCCCUGCCGCUGUCCGGACCUCCCCCCGCACGCCCCGGUCCCGCCACCCGCCCCCGCUGCGGCCCUCUCUCCCGUCUCCCGCCCCUCCGAAACCACAGAUCAUCUUCGGAUUCUUCUCCAGAAGCUUCAAGUAGGGAUAUGUCCUCAGCACCAACUACUCCUCCAUCAGUGGAUAAAGUAGACGGAUUUUCUCGGAAGUCCGUCAGAAAAGCCAGACAGAAGAGGUCGCAAAGUUCCUCACAGUUUAGGUCUCAAGGCAAGCCUAUUGAGUUAACACCUCUGCCGCUGCUAAAAGACGUUCCAUCCUCAGAGCAGCCUGAACUGUUCCUAAAGAAACUUCAGCAGUGCUGUGUCAUUUUUGACUUCAUGGACACGCUAUCUGAUCUUAAAAUGAAAGAAUACAAGCGCUCCACUCUUAAUGAACUGGUGGACUACAUUACAAUAAGCAGAGGCUGUUUGACAGAGCAGACUUACCCUGAAGUAGUUAGAAUGGUGUCUUGCAAUAUAUUCAGAACUCUCCCUCCUAGUGACAGCAAUGAAUUUGAUCCAGAAGAAGAUGAACCUACCCUUGAGGCAUCGUGGCCACACUUACAGCUUGUAUAUGAGUUUUUCAUACGAUUUUUGGAAAGCCAAGAAUUCCAACCCAGCAUUGCCAAAAAAUACAUAGAUCAGAAAUUUGUAUUACAGCUUUUGGAGCUGUUUGACAGCGAAGACCCACGGGAACGGGACUACUUAAAAACAGUCUUACACAGAAUUUAUGGCAAGUUUCUUGGUCUUAGAGCAUUUAUCCGAAAACAGAUUAACAAUAUUUUUCUAAGGUUUGUUUAUGAAACAGAACACUUCAAUGGUGUAGCUGAACUGCUGGAAAUAUUAGGAAGUAUUAUCAAUGGCUUUGCUUUACCUCUUAAGGCAGAACACAAACAGUUUCUGGUGAAAGUGUUGAUCCCUUUACACACUGUGAGGAGCUUAUCACUCUUCCAUGCCCAGCUGGCAUAUUGCAUAGUACAGUUUCUGGAGAAAGAUCCUUCACUCACAGAACCAGUUAUUAGGGGAUUAAUGAAAUUUUGGCCCAAAACAUGUAGUCAAAAAGAGGUUAUGUUCCUUGGGGAGCUGGAAGAAAUAUUGGAUGUGAUUGAACCUUCACAGUUUGUUAAAAUCCAAGAACCUUUGUUUAAACAAAUUGCCAAGUGUGUCUCUAGCCCCCAUUUUCAGGUGGCAGAAAGGGCACUCUAUUAUUGGAAUAAUGAAUACAUCAUGAGUUUGAUAGAAGAAAACUCUAAUGUCAUCCUUCCCAUCAUGUUUUCCAGUCUUUAUAGGAUUUCAAAAGAACAUUGGAAUCCGGCUAUCGUGGCAUUAGUGUACAACGUGUUGAAGGCGUUUAUGGAAAUGAACAGCACCAUGUUUGAUGAGCUGACAGCCACAUACAAGUCAGAUCGUCAGCGUGAGAAAAAGAAAGAAAAGGAGCGUGAAGAAUUGUGGAAAAAACUGGAGGAUCUGGAGUUAAAGAGAGGUCUUAGACGUGAUGGGAUAAUUCCAACUUAACAAAAAUAAUGACAAUAACCUUACUAACCUGUGGAGUCACACAUUUAUGUAGUAGAAGAUGGAGCAGCAGUUUUCUGUAUUGUGCAACUUUACAGUAGAUUUCACAUUUGUUUCAUUAUUACAACAGCACUGUAUAUACCUGUCUCUAAGUAAAGGAAAAAAAAAUACGGACUUCAGUCCAAAGUUUGGACAGUAGAUGGACUUCUCAGAACUUGGCAAACAUAAUCAUUGUUCUAACCCUCUUUUAAAAGAAAAAAAAAAGCAGUCUUCAAAGAUCUGUCAAUGAAAUUUGUAUAUUAAAAUUCCAUUAUUGGGAGUUCCUUAUUUAUCAUUAGCAGAGAGUAUGAAACAACUUUCAAAUGUGAACAAUCUUAAAUUUAGCUUGUCUUUCUGCUAAGCUGUUAAGUGUAUUUAUAGUAAAGGAAG